ACUGUUGACGUUUGCUUCUGCUCCUUGCCUCCGCUGAAGCACAUAAUCGCGUUUUGCCGACACAGUAUCUCGCUUGUGCAGCGAAAAAAGCCAUCCCCGUGCUCGGUAAUUUUACAGGUGCGCUGUGAUAAAACACGCUCAAUUUCCAACACCUGCCCUCCUCCGAUCGAUCAACGGGCACGCGAUUGGCGUGCUUGGCGUGGUACGAAGCAGCUAAUACGCCAACUCCAACCCCAAAACAACGCCGGAACGAAGGUCCGUCACCGUGCGAGAGCGGAUAGAACGCACACAUUUGGUCAUGUUCCUGCCGAGGUGCUGAGACGGCAAACGGUAUUUACGUGCAUCACUAGCGUGCAACCACUAUCUCUUUCUGCUGGCCAUUCUAUCUAAGGUUGCGUGUGUGUGUGUGUGCCGGAGCGUCCCUUAGGUUAGGCAAACGUUAAGGAAUCGCGUUACGUCGGGUUAAUCUGCGAGGCAAACCCAUCCAGGUCCAGGCGGUCCAGCUGUAAACAAUGGCCUCUCCGCUGGAGUACUUCGUCAGUUUCGUCCGUUCACAGAGCAGUGCAGGCAACUUCCGCGAGCUGGUCGUGUACUUGAUCGACUCCGUCGAGCUGGUGACAAAGAAUGGCAACAUUCUCGACAAUGUGAUGGAAACGUUAGACAUUCAGCAGCACUCGUUGGGCUAUCUGUUUGUGCUGUCGGCGAAGUUUAACGAUUCAAGUAAUGUUGACGACACAGAAAACGUGUUACGCAGUGUGCGCGAAUUCAUCACCUCCUGCGAUGCCGAACAAGUGCGAUACGCACCGCAAGUUUACUACGAGCUCUGCCACCAUCUGACGACGGCGCUGGUGAAAAACAAACAACACAUCAUCCAGGGCAUCCACGUGCUGGUGCUGGCGCUGGAGAAGAUACGCCUGUUCAACGCCCAGCUAACGCCGAUCCAUGCCGACCUCUGUCAGCUGUGCCUGUGCGCGAAGGUGUUCAAUCCGGCGAUACGCCUGCUGGACUGCGACAUUGCCGCGAUCGCAACCACCGACGACAACUACGCGGACACGAAGUACUUCCUGCUCUACUACUACUACGGCGGCAUGAUCUACAGCGCGGUCAAGAACUACGAGCGGGCGCUGUACUUCUUCGAGGUGGCCGUCUCGACGCCCGCCCUCGCGAUGUCGCACAUCAUGCUGGAAUCGUACAAGAAGUACAUCCUGGUGUCGCUCAUCCUGCACGGCAAGGUGCUGCCGAUACCGAAGUACUCGUCGCAGGUCAUUACCCGGUUUAUGAAGCCGCUCAGCCACGCGUACCACGAUCUGUCCAGCGCGUACAACACGUCGUCGGCGGACGAGGUGCGAAACGUGGUGAACAAGUACCGCGACACGUUCCAGCGCGACACAAACAUGGGGCUGGUGAAGCAGGUCGUCGCCUCGCUGUACAAGAAGAACAUCCAGCGGUUGACGAAAACGUUUCUGACGCUGUCGCUGGCGGACGUGGCCAGCCGGGUGCAGCUCAGCGGACCGGCCGAGGCGGAGAAAUACAUUCUCAAUAUGAUCAAAUCCGGUGAGAUAUUUGCCACGAUCAAUCAAAAGGAUGGCAUGGUCGUGUUCAAGGACGAUCCACAGGAGUACAACGACCAGGAGGUGUUCGAAAUGGUGCAGCAUCAAAUAUCCCUUGUGAUGGGGCUGAACAAGCAGAUUCUUAAGAUGGACGAGGAGAUAAUGCUCAACCCGGUGUUUGUUAAAAAAUCGUUUGGCAACCAGGAGGACGACGGAAUCGGUUGCAAUUCGAAGGCUUACAGCAGUGAUCCAACGGAAUAGAUUGUUGAAUUAUGUAAAAACAAAACACACAAACACAGAGACACACUCAUAGACACACACGGAAAAAAAGCGCGAUACAGUUAGUGGCACACAACGAUAGGCAGGGUAAGAAGAAGAGCAUGAACGCCAGACAAGAGACGCAGGAAACAGGAACAGGCACGAAUCCCAACGAAUCGAACUGAUAAACUUAACAAAAGCGCGGCCGAAAGCGAAGCUGAAGUUGAAGUGGCAAAGGGCAAAGGCCAAAAGGAAAAUUUAAAAAAACAAAAAAAAAUAGAAAGCUAUGUUACACCGCGAAACGCUUUCCAGGGUGUUGUGUUGCAGCAGGAUUCAUCUUUUUUCUUUCUUUCUUAAGUUAACUCGUCGAAAAUUCUUAGUUCGAUUCUCAACUCCUUCUUCUCCCUUCCCCAAGGUGUGUUGUGAGGCGAGAAAAAUACACCGAAAAUUGCCUGGAUAAUCCCGCACACGUGAGCUUGCUCCCACCACCCGUACAGCUUAUGUGUGUAGUGCUUUCCUUCCGGUUUGCUUGGGAGUUCACUGUGAGUGUGAAGAAGUUUUCGGCAAAUGUUCGGCAAAGAGGAGAGGUGUUUGAAAGGUGGUGUGUGUAAAUGCUCUCGACUGUAAUAAAAUGAAAAAAAAACUGGAAGUGAAAA